UCCACAAUUCAAUUGCGUUGGGUCUCAAUCAUUUCUAGAAGGACGAGGAGGGGAAGAAGGAGCACAUGAGAUACCGCCCACCGCGAGAUCUGAAGUGUCAAACAAGACAGGCCACAUCAUUUGGUGAUGCCCCUCGAUACAAGUAGCCAAUUCCAAUUUGCAGCCGCCCUCGCCUUGAAUCCUUCCUCGCUUCCUCGUUUCCUCUUCGAGUAUAUGAUGCCAUGAGAAAUUUCCCUACCCUUUUGCGGAAAGAGUCGGAACUCGCCUGACGACGACAGAGACCUUGCCCGGGCGAUCGGUUGGAGGGAGAGAUGGAGGACUGGAUGCUGAGGAAUGCAGCCGAGUUGUCGUCCUUCUUCCUGCUGGAAGCCACCGGGGACUCCGAGGUCGACGGGCGGGAUCCCGGGGAUGGGGAGGUGCCGAUGGAAGAGGACGACGCGGGGUCCUGCAGCUACGACUCGUCCGACUGGGCCAAUGCAGACGACGUCGGGGAAUGCGAUGUCGCGGCGUGUCUCAGAGAUGGCCAUCGUCGCGAAGAGGACGAGGACGAGUUCGAUGAGGACGAGCAGAACAGUCCCGUGCAGCUUCCGGGAGGGGAGUACAAGUCCUGCGUCUCGGCGGAGUCGACCAACGAGUUGAUGAACGAGAGGGAGAGGAGCAAGCUGUUUUGGGAGGCUUGCCUGGCUUCUUGAUCUUGAUCCGGGUUCGCCUUCGAGCGUUCAAUAUCCGCUUGAAGGUUCUAAAUUCUUUUUGCCUUUUGUUCAGCCAAUAAUUUGCACAUAGGAAUGAAACGAUGCCUAACUUACUGUCCAGCUAUGCCUCCAUGUUACAUGAAUGGAGAAGGCUUGAUUCUUGCAAAGCUAUUUUCA